AUGGGAUCACCAUCACACCAUUCUGUUUCAAAGGAGGAGUUGCCUGACCAGCCGGUCAUCAUCGACAUGCCAAAGGACUUGGAACCUGACCCGAACAAUACAUGUUGGAUCUUCAGGGUUCCGGAGAAGCUCCGCAAUGUAAAGGAAGCAACUUACACUCUUCACCUAGUUUGCAUUGGCCCUCUUCACCAUGGCAAUCCAAAGUUGAAUGCAAUGGAGCAUCAAAAAUUCAAAAACUAUGAAAACCGUUCAGACGAUUACAUACUGAGAACACCAUGGCAGAAGACAGGUAUAAAACUGGACUUGAUAAUGCUUAAUCAGCUCCCAUAUUUUGUUUUCAAUGAACUAUUUGACUUCAUGUACCCAGAGGAUGAAAACGGGACAGAGAGCAAAAAUAAUCAUCAGCUAUCAGGGCUAACAGGGGAAAGUAAAUGCAGCGAUUGCUUUAAGAACAUUUCCUGUGAAUUCUUCCUUGAUUAUCACAGGUUUGGCAAACCUCUUGCCGAGAGAACAUACAUGCAAAUGACACAAUCCACGAAUAAAAUCCGCUUUGCUGAUCUCGUCAAGAAUGAAAAAGAUGGUGAAAUUAAGAUCCCAUUCAAGGGAAUCAAAUAUUUCACUGAUUUGGUUAGAAAGUUUAUGCUUCCGGGUGAUCAGUAUCCAGAGAAGGAUGAUGCUAUUUUCUGUCUCUGUACUGCAACACAACUGAGUAGGGCAGGGGUUAAGUUUGUGAGAUGCAAAGAGAAUAGAGUUAUAGCUGACACUAAUAAAAAAACAGAGCCUUAUCCCAUGUUUAAGGGUGUAUAUCGGAAUUAUUUGAAAUUGGAAAUUCCUGAACUGAAGAUAAAAGGCAACACCGAAUGCAUCAUGAGAAAUGUCAUGGCUUUGGAACAGUUUGCUUAUCCGGAUGAGCCUUUUAUCUGCAAUUAUGUUUUCCUGCUGGGUCAACUCAUCAGCACCGCCGAAGAUGUGGAAUUUAUGAUCGACAAGAAAAUUGCUCACAACUGGCUUGGCAGCAACGAGGAAGUGGUUCGCAUGGUUAACAAACUGCGUGACCAAAUUGUGGUAUCACGUUACUUCUACGCUGGUCUUUGCCAAAUACCUAACCAGUAUUAUGACAAUCCCUGGAACUUUUUCAAGGCAACCCUCAUGAGGGUUUACUUCAAGGAUCUUUUCACCAUUUGUUCCACAAUUAUUGGAAUUGUUUUCCUUGUAUUCUCCUUCUUCUCUACCUAUUCAACCAUCAAGAGUCUCUUCUUUUAA